CAUGCAUGCCUGCCAGUAUGUAAGUUUUCAAGCCCUGGCAGGAUGCAAACACUCACUCACGCACUCCGUUCGGUGUCAGGUUGUGGGACCAUGCGUUGUUUUCGCUCCAUCCAUCAUCCGGAUAGAACACGAGGCGAAGUGAGGGAGGCUCCCCAGAGCCUCGAUAAUAUCGUUAUAUACAUGCAUUUGCAGCCUUCCAGGACAUGCAUGGAAACAGUAUAGGGGCACAAAUUAGCCAGUGUUGAGAGACGGAACCGGUUUGAAUGAAGGGAGUUUCUCUGCCAGAUUUUGCCCUCUCAUCAGUCAGCUAGAUCGCGAGACACUUCUUUGGGUCGGUCUCUAUCUUUAUCUGUCGAGGUCUCACCGAUUGCAUGCCAUCGAUCCGCCCUGACCAAAGUCCCAAGGGCUCAAGGAGACCGACUUCUCACACACUAACUAAGAAACUAAGACAGUAAUUGAGUAUCAUGUCGGUUCCGACGGGCAAGAAAUUCGUCAAUGACGUGGCGGAUGUGGUGGCCGAGAGUUUGCAGGGCCUGGUCACGGCCAACCCUCAUCUGACCCUGUUGGACGGGCACAAAGUGGUGCUUCGGGCUGACCUGGCCGAGGUCUCGGGUCAGGUGGCCUUGCUCUCCGGAGGAGGCUCGGGCCACGAACCGGCUCACGGCGGUUUUGUCGGCAAAGGCAUGCUGACCGGCGCCGUGGCCGGGGAUGUGUUCACGUCGCCGCCCGUGUCCUCCAUCCUGGCGGCUCUGCGAACCAUUUGGCAAGAAGGCCAGCCCUCGGGCAUCUUGGUCAUCAUCAAGAACUACACCGGGGAUCGCGUCAACUUUGGCUUGGCCAUGGAGCGGGCCCGCGCCCAGGGCAUCCAUCCGUGUGCCAUGGUCGUGGUGGCCGAUGAUUGUGCCUUGACCAGUCAGGAUCGGUCUGCCGGCCGUCGGGGCUUGGCCGGCACGGUCUUGAUUCACAAGAUUGCCGGCGCCAUGGCCUCCAAAGGCAAGAGUGUGGCGCAGAUCGCCGAGUACUUGGACGCGCAAGUCCUGCCCAACAUGGCCACCAUUGGCUUGAGCUUGACCCCGUGCACUUUGCCGGGACGCGGGGCCUCCUUCCAAUUGGGCCCCGAGGACAUGGAGCUGGGCCUGGGCAUUCACGGCGAAGCUGGGGUCAAACGUCAACGACUGGGCACGAGCGUGGAGUGCGUUCGACACAUGAUUCAACACAUGACGGACAAGAAAUCGGCCACUCAUCUCCACAUCCCUGACCACCAAUCCGUCAUUGUAUUGCUGAACAAUCUGGGCGGAACUUCCAAUCUCGAGAUGGGCAUCAUCGCCCACGAUGUGUUCAAAUUGGCCAAGGCUAAGCGGUGGAACAUCAAUCGCUUAUACGUUGCCCCCGUGAUGACCGCCUUAGAGAUGGCGGGCAUCUCGAUUACCAUUGUCAAACAGGAAGAUGGCGAGAUUUUGGGACAUCUGGAUUACCCGGUUCUGGCCCCCGGGUGGCCCAAAACCCCUAACUGCAUUCCUGGACCCUCGAAAACCUUUACGCCGCCCGAGGAGCCUAAAACCGAGGAAAAUGGCUCCUCGGCGGGUCAAGCCUUCUCACGUUUGGCGCUUAGCCUUUCCGAGAGAGCCAUUGAAUUUGCUUGCGAAGCCAUCAAAUCGUUUGAGAAUGUUCUCAAUAGCAUGGACACCGGAUCUGGCGAUGGGGAUUGUGGAACCACCCUCCGGCGUGGCGCGGAGAGACUUCAAAUCGUUGCGAAAGUCGAAUCGUUGUCUUCCAUGACCAAAAUAUUCGCCAAGAUCAGCCGCAUUGCCGAAGACGACAUGGGCGGAUCUGCCGGUGCCAUGUAUUCAAUCCUCUUUGCUACGGCCGCCUUGCACACCCGUGAGCGGGCUGAGCCGCGCGACAUUGCCAUGGCCAUUCAAGAAGGCCUCAAGGCUGUGAUGAAAUAUGGCGGCGCCGAGUUAGGCGAUCGGACCAUGUUGGACAGCCUCGUGCCUGCAUUCAAUACUCUGAGAGAGUCGUUGGAUCUUAAUGCCCAGGCUCCCAUUGCCGCCUUGGAAAAGGCAACCAUCGCCGCUGAGGAAGGGGCCAAGGCCACGCUAAAAAUGAAAGCUGGAGCGGGUCGGGCCAGUUAUGUCGCUUCAAGUGAAUUGAAGCAGCCCGAUCCCGGUGCUCAUGCCGUGGGGGUGAUUAUGAGAGCGGUCUAUCAAGGUGUCCUUAAGGUGGCCAGUGAAUCAGGAUUGAAGGAUGAUUAAUACGCGAAUUUGACAAAUGUUCCAAGUGCCUUUAAAUGAAUAAAACACAAUUUCCGCAUGUA